AUGACUCCUAUCUAUGGUCUUGCUGCUUAUUCCGGUGUUCGUGUGAAAACGCUUUUAUUAGUUGCCAAUCUCCUAGAAAUAGUUGGGAACCUUAUUUAUUUGUUUGCUCCAGUCCCAUCAGCAAUUAUACUGGGAAGGUUGAUCUCCGGAAUGGGAGCUAGCUGUGAACCCCCUCUGUAUGCCGACAUCGUGAGAGCGACAAAUCGCGAUGAACGUACUACAUACAUUAUCGUCUUAUUGCUUACUCGCCAGAUUGGCCUCAUAUUCGGUCCUUCUUUCACUUUGAUGAUGGCGAAGAUGAAUUAUCAAGUAGCGAAUUUCACGCUAAAUGUUUAUAAUGGACCUGGACUACUUAUGGCAAUUUUAUGGUUCUUGCAUUCAUUCAUCAUAUUGUUUUGCUAUCCAAAUGUUGAUAAAAAUGGUCGUGUGAUUUAUACUGAUGGUCAACGGUCUUGUUGCAGUCGGGAAGCUUGGAUACAGACUAAUGAACAAACCAAGGAAGACUCUAGACCAAUGCUGAGUGAUUCUACAGAUUCGUUAUCUUCUGGUCGAUUUAAUACUGUCGUAAUGAGUAGCACCAUGCGACCUUAUCUGUCAUUUAACAUUAUUGCCCUCUAUUGUGUGAAUUUCGCAGCGUACUUCAGUUUCAUGAGCUUAGAAGCCGCACUGCCGCCAGUGGCCAACCGGAUAUUUAAUUGGACAGAAGUUGAAACCAGCUACGUGUAUCUUGCUGCAAGUAUUCUCAUUAUUUUUGUGGUAGUAGUAUUACGCAUUCUUAACCAGUUUUAUACAGACCGUGUUUUAUUACUAGCAGGUCUUAUUAUUAUGGUGAUUUCUUACCUCUGGUUGACCAUUGUGGUUCAUUUACUUCCUGACAUCCCUGUUCGUGUGGGUAUUCCCUUGACACUCACAGGUAUAGCUAUCCAUGUGGUCGGACUUCCUUUUGCUUUUGCUUAUUCAGAAUCUUUGUACACUAAACUUGCCCCAGUUUCUGAUAUGGAUCGAGCUCAAUCCAUUUUCCGUACUGUUGUAAAUGUAGCCUUUUUGAUUGGACCUUAUGUUGGUGGUUCUUUAAUUGGUUACCCUACCUUGGUGUUCCUGUGCAUGUUUUUGUCAUCAGUUUUUCCAACACUACUUGUUAGCUGUCGGUUUAGAGAUUUCACUGUUACUGACAGACCUAAUUCUCCAAGUGAUUUGGAAAUAGCAAAGGAGAGCUAA